UCCUCCUCACACUUGGUAUACUAGCCAGUCAAGAAUAUAGCUGGAUGAAGCGUUCCAAUCCAGCAGACGACGAGGAAGAGAUGGCGGAGAUGGUGCAGCCGCCUCCUCCAGCAGGGGACAAGAUCGUCGACGAUCCGGCCGAGCGGUCGUCGUCGUCACAUCCGGGAAAGCCAGUUUGCUGGAAGGCAACCACGAGCGGCGGUGUCGGAGUGGUCGUCGGCACCCUUUUGCUCCUUGUUUUGCUCGUCCGAACCGAAUGGAACCAGCUAGACAUUGAUUACUAUUCGUCUCUCCUGGGAACCGGCGGCGGCAGGGUCAGUCGGCAUGGACGCGCUCCUUCGCGCACCCGCUCAUCCACUGCGCCCCUUAUACCCAUACCAUUCAGCUGUGGUAACAAUGAGACUGCAGGCCCGGAUCUGUGCCGCCGCAGCGCACCAUCAGCUCCAGCACCGUCACCGUCGUCAUCAUCCUCAUCACAGCCGCCGCCGUUGUGCCCGGACUACUUUCGGCACAUCCACACGGACCUCGAGCCGUGGCGCAAAACAGGGAUCGAGCAGCAACUGGUGCUGCGCUCCCGGCGCUGGGCGAUGUUCCGACUGGUGGUGGUGUCCGGGCGCGCCUACGUACAUAAGUACCGCCGCCCGUCGUACCAGACGCGAGACAUCUUCACCGAGUGGGGCAUCUUGCAGCUGCUCGCGCGCUACCCCGGCCGCGUCCCGGAUGUCGAUAUGAUGUUCGCCACGGGCGACGUGAUCGAGGUGCGCGCCGCCAACUACCAGAACAAUCCCGCCUCCGCGCCGCCGCUGUUCCGCUACUGCAAGGACGUGACGCAGGAGGUGGCCAUCCUCUGGCCGGAUUGGUCCUUCUGGGGAUGGCCAGAGAUCAAUGUCCGUCCAUGGGCGCCGCUCAUGGAGGGCUUCGUCCGGGAGAACGAGCGCCUGCCGUGGGCGGACAGGGAGCCCUACGCGUUCUGGAAGGGCAACACCGUGGGGCUUCCGGUGCGCCAAGACCUGUACAAGUGCAACAACGACUCGGCCACCGGGAAGGAGUGGAACGCGCGGCUAUUCAAGCAUCACUGGAGCAGUGUGAAGGGCGUUACCGAGAAGGAGAAGAAGGAGACGAGCAUCCUGGACCAGUGCCGGUACAGGUACAAGAUCUAUGUGGCAGGGCGGGCCUGGUCGGUGAGUGAGAAGUACAUCCUCGCGUGCAACUCGCCCAUGUUGACACUCCAGACCAACUACCAGGACUUCUUCUCGCGGGGGCUCGUCGCAGGCAAGCACUACUGGCCCAUCGACAAUGCCAGAAAGUGCCCUGCCAUCAAGUCCGCCGUCGACUGGGGCAACGCCCACCCGGAGGAGGCACAGCGCAUGGGACGGGAAGGCAGCGGCUUCGCCAAGACGGAGAUGGACAUGGACCACGUGUACGAGUACAUGUUGCACGUGUUAACGGAGUAUGCUGCGCUGCUCCGGUAUAAGCCCUAUGUGCCAAAGGGGGCCGUGGAGAUCUGCCCCGAGUCCAUGGCGUGCCCUAGGACCGACCGCGAGAGGGAGUUCAUGAUGGAGUCCAGAGAGAAGUACGUAUCUGCCCAAGAGCCGUGCACGCUGCCGCCGCCGUUCACCGAGGAUGAGCUUCGGGAGAUGAACGUCAGGGAAGAGGACGUGCGAAGCAAAUUAAUCCAAAUGGAAGGACACUAGCUAGGUGGCAUUUGCGGUGCUAGAUUUCCCACAUAUUCUUGCGUGUGUUUUUUUCUACCUGAUCUCUCGCACAAAGAUUUUCCGCAUUACUUUAUCUGAAUGCUUGUAGAAUAUGGUAUUAUUCAGUUACAUAAACCUAAGACGUUUUGGCAAACUAAAACAGUUUGCCAAAACAUUUUACUGCCACCAAGGGGGUAGUUUAGUAACUAAUACUAGUAAAUUACACAAACACACUUCUGCAGGGCUAGAGUAAAAAAAACACUAUCCAGGUUUUGUAGCAAUCUAUUUUUAAGUGCUUGUAGAAAAUGGUAGAAACACACUUCUACUGGUUCUUCCUCUUACUUUUCCCUUUUACCUUUUGCAAUCUACUUUUUCUCAUGUUAUAUCUUUAGGUUUUUACAACUAUGACACUACUCCACGCUGAAAUUUGAAGCGUGCCACAAUGAUAUCGCCGUUGUUGACGAAGGAUGAGGUUCGGGAGAUGAACGUCAGAGAAGGAGACAUGCGAAGCAAAUUACACUAAAUGUCGC